GCAGCUCGGAGAGUAAAUGUCCGCGAAAAGUGUUGCGGGAUGGCAGGGAUCCGCUGUCUGUGGGGCCGGGGUUUAAAGAGUCAAACGAGGGCCCUGCUCCUGGAGGCGGCACAACCCCCGUUAUCCUGGCUCCGGAGCCGGGCUCACAGUACCUACGAUGUGGUUGUAGUCGGCGCUGGGAUUGUAGGUCUGGCUUCAGCAAGGCAGCUUAUCCUGAGGCAUCCGGACCUCAAGUUUUGCAUCUUGGAAAAGGAGAAAGAUGUUGCUUCCCAUCAGAGCGGACAUAAUAGCGGGGUUAUCCACAGCGGGAUUUAUUACACCCCCGGAUCUCUGAAAGCCAGGCUGUGCGUGCGCGGAGCCGCUCUCCUUUACGAAUACUGUGACCGCAAGAGGAUUCCUUACCGGCAGUGUGGAAAGUUGAUCGUAGCCGUUGAUCACCAUGAAAUCCCGAGACUCCAAGCUUUGUACGAGAGGGGCCUGCAGAACAACGUGCCGGGACUGCGUGUCAUCAACGCCAAGCAAAUCAAGGAGAAGGAGCCGUACUGCAAGGGAGUGAUGGCUCUGGACUCCCCGUACACAGGGAUUAUAAACUACCGGCAAGUGGCUCGGGCCUACACCGACGAUUUCCAUGAUGCCGGUGGCAAUGUCCUGACCAAUUUCGAAGUAACAAAUAUGGAAAUGGCAAAGGAAAGCCCAGCAGGAUCUGAACAAGCACUGGAAUAUCCCGUUGUAAUCAGGAACACAAAGGGAGAAGAAGUAUUUUGUAAGCAUGUUGUCGCAUGUGCCGGCCUUUUUUCUGAUCGCUUGUCGCAGGUCAGCGGAUGCAGCCCCGAACCCCGCAUUGUUCCUUUCCGUGGGGACUACUUGGUGCUGAAGCCAGAAAAAUGUUAUCUUGUUAAAGGCAACAUUUACCCAGUCCCAGACCCACGGUUUCCUUUCCUUGGUGUCCAUUUCACUCCACGGAUGGAUGGAAGUGUCUGGCUUGGUCCGAAUGCAGUUUUAGCCUUUAAGCGAGAGGGCUACCAACUGUUUGACUUCAGCGCCAGGGAUUUUACCGACGCCGUUACAUACAGUGGUCUUCGUAAGCUGGUGCUAAAGAAUUUAUUUUAUGGAAUGGGGGAAAUGUAUCGUGCGUGUUUCCUGAGCGCACAGCUCAAGGAACUUCAGAAAUUUGUGCCGGAAUUAUCUGUUCAUGAUCUUCUCAGAGGUCCCUCUGGGGUCAGAGCACAGGCUCUGGAUAAAGACGGAAACCUCGUGGAUGACUUUGUUUUUGAUGGAGGUUCGGGUGAUAUAGGAAGCCGUAUACUGCAUGUGAGGAACGCGCCCUCCCCGGCUGCCACUUCUUCUCUUGCGAUAGCGGAGAUGAUCGCCUCGGAGGUAGAGGAAAGGUUUGGACUUUGAGAGUCUGUUGGGAUGCAGACGGCCAGCAGGUGAACCACGUCCAGCGGAUCCGGAUUUAUCUUUUGUAUUCUUCAGGGACUGAUACAAGCACUCGUCUGUGGUUUUAUAUGCGGCCAACUCCAUGAGCCACGGCGAAAUUUCAACUACUGCAGUAGUAUUCGCUGGUGAUUUCAGGCCUCGCUCAUCGGUAGGGUCACUGCGGGGAGAUCCUUUUCAUUGAAAUUAAUAUUUGACGUUUUACAGCAGGCGCUGGAAAUAUGCAAUGACUUAUCAAACGUUUUUUUAAUUAAAAGUCUUCAUGUGAUCCAAGAGCGUGAAACGAUA